GAUGCACGAGCACAUGAAUACACAUUGAUAGAGUUUAUCUCUUUCUUAUUACUAUAGAAAUUUCCACUUUCAUGAUAUAUUUUAUAUACAUAUUCGGCAAUAUAUAUUUAAACCUGCCACUGGCUAGCUCCAAAAUCCAAAUAUAGAAAAGCACUGAACAAGUUUCUAUUUGAGAGAUUAGAGGGAUAAUUAAGGUUCGAUCCUUGAAGUUUUGUGUCACAGAUCUAUAUACACACGUGUGUAGAUAUAUAUAUCGACUAAGAUUCAAGGUGCCGAGCACAAAUUGACCGGCCGGACACUGUUUUACUGCAUUAACGAAAAUGGCCGUUGGAGGUUCUGUCCCUCAAGGUCCGACGGGAAGAGAGUACGAAGGUGGCGUCACUGCUUUUGUGAUCAUCACUUGUAUAAUUGCUGCUAUGGGAGGUCUCCUCUUUGGUUACGACAUUGGCAUUUCAGGGGGGGUGACAUCUAUGGAAGAAUUCUUGACGAAGUUCUUCCCACAAGUGCUGAGAACAAUAAAUGAAAAAUCCGCACAUGAUACCCAGUAUUGCAAAUACGAUAACCAGUUACUGCAACUAUUCACUUCUUCUCUCUACAUUGCCGCACUCGUAGCUUCCUUCUUCGCUUCGACGGUGACACGUAUUUUCGGCCGGAAAAUCUCUAUGUUCACCGGCGGCGUUGCUUUUCUCAUUGGUGCGUUUCUUAACGGGUUCGCAUCGAAUAUCGAAAUGCUAAUUAUCGGUCGCCUGUUCCUCGGCGUCGGUGUUGGAUUUGCUAAUCAGUCUGUUCCGGUUUACCUAUCGGAAAUGGCUCCGGCGAAGAUGAGAGGAGCACUCAACAUCGGAUUCCAAAUGGCAAUUACUAUUGGGAUCCUAGUGGCGGGUCUGGUAAACUACGGCACAGCACAAAUCGAAGGCGGAUGGGGGUGGCGAAUUUCUCUGGGUCUCGCCGGCGUUCCGGCGGCCAUGAUGACAAUCGGGUCAUUUUUUCUUCCCGACACGCCCAACUCGAUCAUCGAAAGAGGACACGUCGAGGAAGCCAAGAAAAUGUUGCAGAAAAUUCGCGGCACGAACAACGUUGACGAGGAGUUUCAAGACCUUCUCGAGGCCAGUGAAACUGCCAAGAAAGUGAAGCAUCCAUGGAAGAACAUCAUGCGGCGAAGAUACAGGCCCCAGCUCGUCCUCUGCAUACUGGUUCCAUUUUUCCAGCAGAUCACCGGCAUUAAUGUCAUCAUGUUCUACGCGCCGGUACUGUUCAAAACACUUGGCUUCGGUGACAAUGCUUCGCUCAUGUCUGCUGUCAUCACCAACUCGGUCAUCUGCGGGGGAACAAUCGUCUCCAUUUUCUGUGUCGAUAGAUUCGGAAGAAAGGUUCUGUUCAUUGAAGGCGGUGUGCAAAUGAUCAUCUGCCAGAUCGCAGUGGGAGCCAUGAUAGGGUCAACAUUUGGCGCUGACGGUCAAGGGAAAUUUUCAAAGCUCGAAGCCGAUAUUCUCUUGUUCUUGAUCUGCGCAUACGUAGCAGCAUUUUCAUGGUCUUGGGGUCCAUUAGGCUGGUUGGUGCCGAGCGAGGUUUGCCCUCUUGAGAUCCGAUCAGCCGGACAAGCCAUUAACGUGUCGGUCAACAUGCUCUUCACGGCGGUCAUUGCUCAGGCCUUCCUUACACUGCUCUGCCACAUGAAAUUUGGUCUCUUCUUCUUCUUCGCCGCGUUUGUGGUGAUCAUGACGAUCUUCGUCGUCAUGUUCUUGCCGGAGACGAGGAACGUUCCGAUCGAGGAGAUGAACAUGGUGUGGAAGGCCCAUUGGUUCUGGGGAAAAUAUAUCCCCGAUGAAGCUAUCAUCGGCAACCAUGGAGCCAACCAGACUUGGACGACGAAGGCUGCCGAUUGCUAACAGAUGUUACUGGGUCUUUUAAAAUGUCAUAUUAGGACAAUGGUUUGACGACGUCGUUUUGCUUUUUCCCUGACGCCAAUUUGUGUAAAGUGCAAAAUUGCUGGCAUUAAUUGUUUGGUUAUAUGUUUUUUUUACAAGAUUCUGCUUUUUUUUUUAUUAUUAUUAUUUUCUUUCCGUUUUCAGUU